UAUAUUAAUUUUUUAAAAUCUUCAAUUCUAUCUUGUUUUUUAAUUACUCAAAAAUAUUUAGAACCCGCCAAAGUAAAGAAAAAUCAGAAUUUUGUUUCCCUCACUCAAACCGCAAUCUGCUUCAUACCAGCCACCGGAGCUUUCCACUGAAACUGUAAGAAUUUGUAGAAUUCCAACAUGCCAGACUCUCACACCCCAUGGGAUUUCAGCUGUGACUUGGAAGUGAAUUUUGGGUCUGAGGAGAAUGCUUCCAUUGUCCAUACAGCUUUAGCUGUUGAUAAAGAGCUGCAACCAGAUAAAGUCAAAAGGCAGAUGUCAAUCUCUGGUGGAAAGUUGUUAGUGCACUUUGAGGCGGUGGAAGCGAGAUUUCUUCGAGCAUCAUUCUCUGCCUUCACAGAUGUCCUUACUCUUGCAACAAAAACAAUUGAAGAAUUUGGGAUCGGAAUGAAAUUAUGAUACUCGUUAUAAACAUUAUUGUAUGCUGUUAUGUAAUUCUGAUUGAAAUUUAGCAUUUUUGCUUUAGGAAAAAUUGUAUCAAUGGUAUUUGAGCUUUCUAAUUUUUUAGCUUUUCAGUAUUUAACUUACUUUUUAUUGUAUGUCUAAAUUCAUGAAUUUCUUAACAAUCAUUAUCUAAAGUAGAUUUUGUAGUA